CUACACUGAGCAAAAGGCCCUUGCAUUGUCUGCUUUUCUCAGUUUGGGUUGAUAUCCGCCACCUCGAUGCGUCGAGCGGCAAUCCAGGCCUUCCGUACAGCCCGGUUCCAUCCUGUGCGGAGGGUUGCUGGCCCUCCCCCAGCUCCGCUCUUCUCGAGCAAUCAUGCACUGACGUCUCGAGUCGCAUUUUCCUCCCGGUCCACCGCUACCUUCAUACCGGCGGUACUACAGUCAUCAAUGUUUUUCCGUAACUUUUCUUUAGCUUUCAUUUCGACACUCGUGGCAUCUGGCGCCUGGUAUGCAUACAAGGGCAAUUCGAAUCAACAGGAGCUUGCACCUACUGCAGCUUUAAAUGCGACUCCUUCACUCUUCCAGCAAAAUACAAACGGUGUCUAUUCAGGCACGGCAGGCCAUCAUACUUCGGCAGUAGCAGGCGACAAUCCGACAUUUCAGUCGGACAGUUCACUCGUUGUGGAGGACCAGCAAUAUACGGCCACCUCGGUCAGCGAACAACCCGUCUCGAAACAAACGAGCGAGACCGGCAAUAGAGUGGUAGGAAUGUUAACUCCGGAACAAGCAACCGAGAAGCUUCGCAGAAACGAAGAAUCAUACCUGGUUGGCCGCGGAAAGGGUGUCGUUCGGUAUGAUGUCGUUCAACUUCCUAGCAAUGACCCGAUUGAAGAUGAUCAUGCCGAAAAGAUCGUUGUCUCUUCUACAGCGGAUGGAUCAUCGAGUGAUUGGAUGUUUUGGGGUGUCUUCGAUGGCCAUUCCGGCUGGACUACCUCUGCAAAGCUUAGGCAAGCUUUGAUCUCUUUUGUGACACGUGAACUAAAUUCCACCUACAAAGCUGCCUCCUCCAAGUCAGGUUUCCCGUAUCCUUCUCCCGAAGCCAUCGAUGCUGCUAUAAAAAGGGGUUUCGUCAAUCUCGACAAUGAAAUUGUGCACAAGAGCGUGGAUAGAGUCUUAAAGGCCAAUUCAAAAAGAGUUGCUGCAGAACUUCUAGCGCCUGCACUCUCCGGUUCAUGUGCUCUCCUAGCCUUCUAUGAUAGCAGCUCCAAAUUGCUGCAUGUUGCUUGUACUGGAGAUUCCAGAGCAGUUUUAGGUCGCAGAACGCCAAACGGGAAAUGGACUGCUACUCCCCUCUCCGAAGACCAGACGGGAUCUACGGUGUCUGAGGCUCAGCGACUACGUCGAGAGCACCCUGGAGAAGAUAAUGUUGUGCGCAAUGGACGCGUGUUGGGCAACCUCGAGCCUACUCGUGCUUUUGGCGACGCAUUCUACAAAUGGAAGCGAGACACUCAAGACAAGAUCAAGCGUCACUUUUUCGGACGUACACCACAUCAAUAUUUGAAGACACCACCCUACGUUACGGCGGAACCUGUCGUAACGUCAACUAAGAUUGAGCCUCAGAAAGGAGAUUUCCUCGUAUUGGCAUCGGAUGGGCUAUGGGAAAUGCUUAGCAACGAAGAAGUCAUUGGGCUUGUCGGUCAAUGGAUCGAACAGCAGCGUGCAAGCGCACAAGGUAAAGAUGGUGUUAAAAGCUGGCUUCAGAGUUGGUGGAGUUCAGUGGACCAGUUGCCAAUUGAAAAGCCUUCGCGUGACGAUGCAACUGGACAGCGUGCACCAUUCCGUCAAAUGCAAUAUAACAUCCCUCAAAAUGAAAACCGCUUUGUAGUUGAGGACAAGAACGCGGCGACCCAUUUGGUUAGAAAUGCCCUUGGAGGAAAGGAUAAGGACACGGUGUGCGCACUGCUCACCCUUCCCAGUCCUUAUUCGAGAAGAUAUCGUGACGACCUUACUGUUGAAGUAAUUUUCUUCGGCGAGAGUGAAGAUACCGGUGCUGUGACGAUCAAUACAGAAGCCAGCUCCUCCACCCACGAAAUACCUGCUAAACUUUGACGGGAUUCGAUUACGUGACUUUUCUUUUGCAUGAAGUGAUUUCUCUUGCAGUCACUACUCACUUUUCAAUGCGGGCCAAAGUCCCGACGCGACGUAAUUGAUUUCUAUUUUUCUCCUCUCAAUGGCUUUACUUAGCCCUUCCGUGACGCCCAAAUACCCGCGUCCGUGCCUUUUAAAGCGUGGUUUUGGGGGCUUUUUCUUGAAUGUGGUUGUGUCUUUCUCUUAUACGUAGCAUAGAAGAAUACCCAAGGGAAAAUGUUGGCAUCAUUCAUCUCAUUUUU